UGGAAUUGAGCUCCGUGAAUUUUAUCCACUGCUAUGUGCCCGCAGUAGAGCUCAUUCAAUGUUUUCUAAUGUUUCAAUGUUAACAGGUUUGUUAACAUGGGAGGGUGCCUGUUUUCACACCAAUCUAUUUCUGCAAAUAGCCUUUAAUGCUAAACAGUAUCCUAUUGAAAUCCACCGAAAACAACAGCUGAAUUAACACAAAAUGUUAACUGCUGUCAUCAGGAUUGUUUUUGGCUUAAAAAAUACUUUGCCAUAAGUAAAGACAGGGUUUUAAUCAAACAUCUUUUACCUUGAAGCUCACACACAGUACAAGAAGAGAAAUUCUAGGCUGAUAAACAAGAGGGUUUUUUUUUUUCCAAUUGAGUAAAAUCAUUCUUUGCCUUUGAAAACAGACUUAUUUGUGGUUGAUUUCUUCCUUUCCUUUCUUUCCCUUUCCUAUCUCUUUCCCUUCCUUCCUGCUGCUACUAUUGCUUCUGCUUCUCCUCCUCUUCUUCCUUCUUCCCCUUCCUCCCCCUCUCUCUCUGAUAUGGGUAUCACUUUACUUUCCACACUUGUCUUAAACUCUGCAUUGCCAUGUGUCAACUUCCCCUGUAACUGGGACCACAAGCAUACACCAUUUGGUUUAUGACUGAUAUCUUUGAUGAUUCAAACAAAAUCAUCAAUUCCUAGUAUGUUCUGCUAUUAUUUUCUACAUGGAAAUCCAGGGCAAUUUGGUAAAGUUUCUAUGUAGUAGUGUCCAAAUCACACAGAGUAGAUAAAAUUUCAAAAUGAAAUUCCUAUUGGCUACUUUUAUGACAUGCUAAAUAUAAGGUUUCAUAUAUUUCUACAAGUAAAUUUCUGUCUUCUAGAAUAGUUAGCAGUUGCAUGUUUUGAUUCAUUUUAUCUUGGCUUGUUAAGAACUGGCUUUGGGCAGAACGCUGUAGUGCCUGGGAAUGCUAGAACAAAGGGAGCAUUUAGAGACAUUCUGUGCCUUCCUGGAAUUCACACAAUGAAUGGAAGAAAGCGCAGCUUUACUGAACACUGUGGUGAGUCCAACAGUAACUGAUGACAUUCCAUUUGUAUUUAGAGAAGCCUGGUAACCGGGAACUGUUUUUGUUUUUUUUUCCCCUCUUCCUGGUUUGCCAAAGGCAAACUGAGUUGGAAAACAUUAUUUGCUUUAAUGAAAUGAUUUACUCUUGUGUAACAUUAAGUUGUGUCAAUCAAGCAAAUAAAGGAAGAAAGUCUUAUUUAUAAAAUUGCUUGUUCCUGAUUUCAUUUUAUUUCAUCUCAGUCUUCAAGACAGGAGGAAAAUGAACUUUUUGCUGCUUGGUGCUUUUCUAUUUUUGUAUACUCCUCUAGCCUGGACAAGAGAUAGACAUUAUUACAUCGGAAUCAUUGAAGCAGUUUGGGACUAUGCUUCUGACAAUGGAGAAAAGAAACUUAUUUCAGUUGACAUGGAACAGUCCAAUCUGUAUCUUCAAAAUGGCCCAGAUCGUAUUGGAAGAGCAUACAAGAAGGCCCUUUAUGUUCUGUACACAGAUGACACCUUUAGGAAGACUAUAGACAAACCAGUCUGGCUAGGGUUCCUAGGCCCUAUUAUCAAAGCUGAAGCUGGUGAUAAAGUUUAUGUUCACUUAAAGAACUUUGCCUCUAGGCCCUACACUUUUCAUUCACAUGGGGUAACUUACUACAAGGAGAAUGAGGGGGCUGUCUACCCUGACAAUACCACAGAUUUUCAAAAAGCAGAUGACAAAGUGCUUCCUGGAGAAAAAUAUUUGUAUGUGCUACAUGCCAGUGAGCAAAGUCCUGUUGACGGAGACAGCAAUUGUGUGACCAGGAUUUACCACUCCCAUGUUGACGCUCCAAAAGAUAUUGCAUCAGGACUCAUAGGACCUUUAAUACUCUGUAAAAAAGAUUCUCUAGAUAAGGAAAAAGAAAAAAAUAUUGACCAAGAAUUUGUAGUAAUGUUCUCUGUGGUGGAUGAAAAUCUCAGCUGGUAUCUAGAAGAUAACAUCAAAGCCUUCUGCUCUGAACCAGAGAAAGUUGACAAAGAUGAUGAAGACUUCCAGGAGAGCAACAGGAUGUACUCUAUGAAUGGAUAUACAUUUGGAAGCCUUCCAGGACUCUCCAUGUGUGCAGAAGACAGAGUGAAAUGGUAUCUUUUUGGUAUGGGUAAUGAAAUUGAUGUGCAUGCAGCUUCCUUUCACGGUCAAGCACUGACCAGCAGGAACUACCGUACUGAUACAGUCAACCUGUUCUCUGCCACCCUGUUUGAUGGUUUUAUGGUGGCCCAGAAUCCUGGAGUCUGGAUGCUCAGUUGUCAGAACCUAAACCACUUGAAAGCCGGUUUGCAAGCCUUUUUCCAAGUUCGAGACUGUAACAAGCCCUCACCAGAGGCUGAUACCCAGGCAAAACAUGUGAGACACUAUUACAUUGCUGCUGAAGAGAUCAUCUGGAACUAUGCUCCUUCUGGCACAGAUAUCUUCACUGGAGACAACUUAACAGCCCCGGAAAGUGAUUCAAAGGUAUUUUUUGAACAAGGUGCUAUGAGAAUUGGUGGCUCUUAUAAAAAAAUUGUUUAUCGUGAGUAUACAGAUGACUCCUUCACAAAACGGAAACAGAGAGGCCCUGAUGAGCAACACCUUGGAAUCCUGGGUCCUGUCAUUUGGGCAGAAGUAGGAGACAUCAUUAAAGUCACCUUUCAUAACAAAGGACCAUACCCUCUCAGCAUUCAGCCAACGGGGGUGAGAUUCACUGCGGAAAAUGAGGGGACAUACUAUACCCCCACUGCCCACUCCCUAAAGGGAGGUGUGCCUCAUCCUCAAGCAGCUUCUCAUGUGGCACCCAAAGAAACCUUUAUAUAUGAAUGGACUGUCCCCAAAGAAAUGGGACCCACUUAUGCAGAUCCUGUGUGCUUAUCUAGGAUGUACUAUUCUGGUGUAGACCCCACCAAAGAUAUAUUCACUGGGCUUAUUGGGCCAAUGAAAAUAUGCAAGAAAGGCACCUUACUUGCAAAUGGGAAACAGAGAGAUGUAGACAAGGAGUUCUACUUGUUCCCCACAGUGUUUGAUGAGAAUGAGAGUUUACUCUUGGAUGAUAAUAUCAGGAUGUUCACAACUGCCCCUGAUACUGUGGAUAAGGAAGAUAAAGACUUCCAGGAGUCUAAUAAGAUGCACUCUGUGAAUGGAUUCAUGUAUGGCAAUCAGCCUGGCCUCGACAUGUGUCUAGGAGAUUCCAUUGUGUGGUAUUUGUUCAGUGCUGGAAAUGAGGCUGAUGUACAUGGAAUAUACUUUUCAGGAAACACUUAUCUGUCCAAAGGAGAAAGAAGGGACACUGCAAACCUCUUCCCUCAUACAAGUCUGACCCUUCUCAUGAGGCCUGAUACAGAAGGGACUUUUGAUGUAGAGUGUCUUACAACAGAUCACUACACAGGUGGUAUGAAGCAAAAAUAUACUGUGAACCAGUGCAAGCAGCAUUCUGAGGAUCCUGUUUUCUACCUGGGAGAAAGGACCUACUAUGUUGCAGCAGUGGAGGUGGAAUGGGACUAUUCUCCAAGCAGGGCCUGGGAAAAGGAGCUGCAUCGUUUGCAAGAACAAAAUAUUUCAAAUGCAUUUUUGGAUAAAGAAGAGUUUUACAUAGGCUCAAAGUACAAGAAAGCCGUGUAUCGGCAGUUUACUGACAGCACAUUCAGAGAGCAGGUGAAGAGAGAAGCUGAAGAUGUGCACCUGGGCAUCCUGGGUCCUCAAAUUCAUGCAGAUGUUGGAGACAAAAUUAAAAUUGUCUUUAAAAAUAUGGCAACAAGGCCAUAUUCAAUACAUGCCCAUGGGGUGAAAACAGAGAGUUCUACAGUUGCUCCAACAUUGCCAGGUGAAAUUCGCACUUACAUGUGGCAAAUCCCAGAGAGAUCAGGUGCUGGAGCAGAGGAUACGGCUUGUAUUCCAUGGGCUUACUACUCAACUGUGGAUAAAGUUAAGGAUCUCUAUAGUGGACUAAUAGGCCCACUGAUUGUUUGUCGGAAACCUUACGUGAAAGUAUUCAAUCCUAUAAAGAAAAUGGAGUUUUCCCUUUUGUUUCUAGUAUUUGAUGAGAAUGAAUCUUGGUACUUAGAUGACAACAUCAAAAAGUACUCUGAUCAUCCCGAGAAAGUAAACAAAGAGGAUGAGGAAUUCAUAGAAAGCAAUAAAAUGCAUGCUAUUAAUGGAAAAAUGUUUGGAAAUCUACAAGGCCUCACAAUGCACGUGGGAGAUGAAGUCAAUUGGUACGUGAUGGGAAUGGGCAAUGAAAUAGACUUACACACCGUACACUUUCAUGGCCACAGCUUCCGAUACAAGCACAGGGGAAUUUACAGUUCUGAUGUCUUUGACCUUUUCCCUGGAACAUAUCAAACCCUAGAAAUGUUUCCCCAAACACCUGGAACCUGGUUACUCCACUGCCAUGUGACUGACCAUGUUCAUGCUGGAAUGGUAACUACCUAUACCGUCUUACCAAAUCAAGGUGAAUAUCCAGAUAGUAACUCUAGGUAUAUAUUAUGAGUGCAAUUAAGAUUCCUGCUUUGUCUAAAUACAUCUUCCGGUAUGAAGUCCUUGUGAACUGGCAGUCCUGAAGUCUUCCUUCUCUACCUCUAUAAUAGAAUGUUUUAGUGCUAGGUCAGUGGGCUAUCACUUACUUCAGCUAGAAUGGCAUCGACUAAGUGUACCAUGGGCACUAACUUUACAGUGUAAUCACACCCAAAGCUGGUGUAAGGGAACAAUCACAUUAUUCCAUUUAACAAGAAAGCAACAUGACUUAUAAAUGAACAUUUAGAAUUUCAUUUCUUUCUUCAGAGAAAACAUUAACAUGUUUCUCUGUAGUA